AACUUUUUUUUUUUUUUUUUAUAAAACACAAACUUACCAUUGUAAAACUUUUUCUCUCUCUCUUUUUUACUUUCUUGUCAAAAAAUAAUAAUAAAUAUACAUAUAUUGUACUCUGAUGAUUGAGAGUGAACUGUUUGCAAGACUCUUUGGUUACUUUAGUAUAGGAUGUUGGAUCGUUGUAUUUACACCACAAUUUUAUGAAAAUUAUAAAUUGAAAAACACAGAUGGUGUAUCCGUCACCUUUCUCACCUUGUGGAUAUUGGGAGAUAUAUUGAAUCUAUUCGGAAUCAUCUUACAGAAUCUUUUAUUCACCAUGUUAUUACUAGCAUUGUAUUAUUUGAUGGCAGAUUGUAUGUUAAUGGCACAAGUGUUUUAUUACCGUAGACCUCACCAACCUAUAGAAGAAGAAGUUCAUGUGUAUGAGACAGGACCAGAUGAAACUACUCGGUUAUUGAAUCAUGAUGCCGCCACUGUGAGCAGGGCUAAGAAUCCUAAAACGCGUGGUAUCAUCCGACUCUUUUUUGUCAGCAGUGUUUGCCUCUGGCUUGGAUUGUUGGGUGGAUCCGCCCUGUUUUUCCUUUGGCCGGGGCAGACAACGGAUUGGAGUCAAUGGCAGAUUGUGCCACAAAUGUUUGGAUGGGGAAGUGCCAUUCUUUAUUGUUCAAGUCGUAUACCCCAAAUCAUGCAGAAUUUUAGAAAUGAGAGUGUUCAAGGAUUAUCUCUGGUGAUGUUUAUAUUUAGUGUAGUUGGUAACAUCACAUACUGUGUGAGUAUCGUAUUGGAAUCAACUGACCCAACUUAUCUCUUGAUUAAUUAUCCUUGGAUCCUUGGAAGUGGCGGAACUCUCUUUUUUGACUUUACAAUCUUUUUCCAAUUUUACAUGUACCGUAAGCGCACAGACGUGGAAUUUAAGAACAUAAAUGAAGAUGACUAAAAGCUAAGGGGGUUUCUUGUUUAUUAAUAAAAUAAAAUGAUAAAAAGACCAACAUUGAUAUUUGGUUUAACCGAUUAAAAUGACGACGUUUCAUCCGCUGCAGAUGAUACAAUUUGGGCGUUUUGUAAAGACAUCGAUCUGCAAUAAAUAAAUAUCAUUUGACCUCUUGAUCGACACUUGUUGACUUUUUUAGUCUAUAUAAAUAAAUUUC